AUGGAGCAAAAACUAGACAAUAUUCAACAACAUAUGAAGAGUAAUAAUUUGAGGCUGAUACAAAUUCCAGGAGGAGAAAUUCUUACUGACAAGGUUUACGAUAUUUUCACCAAUAAAAUGAAAGUGAAUAUUAACAAAUCGGUGAUAACUGCUAUCUAUAGGGUUGGUCGCACUAGCGAUACAAAACCUAGGCAUGUUUUGGUAUCGUUUACUGACAAUUCGAUUAAGAUGGCAACGUAUAAUAAGAAAAAGUUUCUUAAAGGCACUAAGAUAGUUAUUAAGGAAGAUCUAACUCCGCAUCGGUUGAAAGUAGUUAAAGCAGCUUCUGAUAAGUUUGGUUUCAAGAACGUGUGGACGGUUAAUGGCAACAUUUUUGUAAAAACUGACAAGGGAGUGGAGAAGUUUAGUGUGAAUGAAUAG